AUGGAUGUUCCUGAUAAAUCCAUUAUUGAAAAUACACAAGAACCAGCUUCUUUUAGUGCUUUUCAGUCUAGUUUCUUCAACUCUUCUUUUGAACCUGAAUCUCUCGAGGAUUUCGACUUUGAAUCAGCACCUAUGACACACAUGAAUCAAACACAAGCUAUACACGAUGAAGACGAUCCUAUUCCUCACUCUUCGGGAGUCACUUCACAUUCUAAUUUUGCUAGUAGUUAUGCUAGCACAGCACCUAUCUUACAUCAAUCAUCACCACUACAACCGCAACCACCACCACCACCACCACCACCACCACCAGUUACAUUUGAUAUUGAAAACUCAGAAGCGUAUUGCCUCAAGACCAUCAAAGAUACAUCACAAGAAACUCAUACGACGGAACAACCACACUACAUCAUUCGAGAACAGCCUUAUCGUAAUUAUCAGAUUUUUCCUGGACAUACUCGGUUCUUGUUAGGUGGUCGUUUAGUGACAAGUGGUGAUUAUCGGGCUUUUAUUGUAGGUUUAUUCCUGUUGAUUACACCUACCGUCUUGUUUGCUGUCUUUACCUGUCCAUUUCUUUGGAAUGAUGUACAUCCAGCUAUUCCUAUUGUGUUUGCUUAUUUAUUUGUACUCGCUUUUGUUUCCAUGUUGAAAGCCUCUUGGACAGAUCCAGGUAUCAUUCCGCGUAACCUAGAUCCUGUUUUUGAUGACAAUGAUGAUGACAAUGCCUCUCUGGACUCAGAAGCACCACCUAAAGAAAUAUGGAUUAAAAACACACCUUAUUCCCUUACUUAUUGCGAUACCUGUAAAAUAUACCGUCCUCCUCGCUCCAGUCAUUGUCGACAAUGUGAUAACUGUGUUGAAUUUGAAGAUCAUCAUUGUGCUUGGCUCAAUAAUUGUAUUGGUAAACGCAACUAUCGAUCAUUUUUUACGUUCAUUAUGGCUGCUGCUCUUUCAUGUAUUUUUGUGAUUGUAUCCUGUACUUAUGAACUCGUCUAUUAUUCCAAGCAAGAGUCUACCUUUAGUUUUGUGUUCUCCAAGGCUCCUGUCAGUUUUGUACUCUGUAUUUAUUGCUUUAUCUUGCUAUGGUUAGUAGGUGGACUUACGUUAUACCACUGUUCUUUAAUUUUACGCGGUGUUACCACGCAUGAACAAAUACGUGCUGAAAUCAUCAAGGCCAAAUACCCUGAAUUAGGGGCAAAUCCUUACAACAAACAUAACCCUUUCAAAAACAUGAUUCAGGUUUUGUGUCAACCUCAACCUAAAAGUUAUUUACGUAGACGUAAAAUGGCUGAUCCAAUCAUUGAGAAAAUCUAA